CUUGGAUCACCCAGAAGAAAGAAGACAUGAGUUAGGUAAACUAACUUAAGGAGAUCAAACUUAGACCUGACGUUUAGUGAGAAAAGGCAGUGGUUAAGGAAAUGUCUGAGCUUAUCUACAGCACAGUCAAAUUUACCAAAAACACUGGAUCUAAGGCAGGGAAAAAAGAAGAUGACGUGGAAGAAACUAGUAAGACAGCAGAUGUCACUUAUGACAACUUCGUGGAGCCAAAAUUAGAGGACAAAUCUACUGCAGACCAACAGACAAUUGUUGGGUCAGGAAGGAAGAAGCUUGUGACUGUUGUGGUGAUUCUGGGUCUGCUGAGUCUCCUGCUGGUUGCCGUCAUAGUCCUAGUCCUCCAGAUCAGUGAAGACAGAAGGAACCUGUCCAAGGAGAGAGACGAGCUGCAGAGCAGUUACAGUCAACUAAAAGAACUCAACUACAACCUGACCCAAAACAUGAGCCAGUUAGAGACCAUUAAUAGGAACCUCACACGAGAAAAAAAUGAAUUACAGGCUCAGCUUUCAAAGACAUUGACAGAUGUAUGGAAUUAUUCGAUAAGUUCCAGUGGCAGCUGUUAUUUGUUCUCCAUCACACAAAAAGACUGGUACAACAGCAAAGCAGAAUGUGAAAAACUUGGUGCCCACCUGGUGAUUAUAACUCAUGAAGCCGAACAGAAAUUUAUCACCAGCAAGGUCAGUGAGAUACACUGGAUUGGUUUGACUGAUGAAGAGGAAGAAGGUACUUGGAAAUGGGUAAAUGGAGCGCCACUGAACACAACAUACUGGAGGAGUGGUGAACCAAAUAACGGUGGCAACAAUGAAGACUGUGUUGUUGUUGUACCAUCUAACUCUCUGCAUAACUGGAAUGAUCUUAAUUGUCAGCAGUUGCUCCAUAGAUGGAUCUGUGAAAAGGAAAUAAAUCAGUGAAAUUACUAUAUUAAAUCAGAGUUCCACAUGGGCACGAGUGACAUGAAGAUGGAUGAACUGUUGCAGCCCCCAAAACAGGAGCAGCCAAAAGAAAAAGUAGACUUGUGAUUGGUUCCAGAUUUUUCUUUCUCUGAAACUUGCUACAAAAUCCUCAUGUUUGUUCUCCAACCCCCCCCCCCCCCCCCCCCAACUUUUUUCACACUGAUAUAAACACCUUCUGUGUGAUGUGUUGCCAGUUAACCACCUCCUCUAGUGAGGAGCCUGUAAGAGCUUUGCUUAAUAGCUCCUCAGUACCAGUGGAGUAAAUGCUGUUUUCUCACCUUCACCUUUCCCCUGCUGGUGUGGGGACGAUGCUGCAUUUAUUUAUAGACACAUCAGUGAUUACAGUGAGAUGUAACAUGCUGUCUGAAAUCUUUUUGUCCCGUGCCAUGAAAUAAGAGUUACCAUUGUAAUGGACUCCGUCCCUGCGUCCGU